AUGCGCAACGUCUGGCAAAGCUGGCGGGAUUUCCUGCGCGGACAAGUUCCGGUGUGGUUGAUGGUCAAGGCCAGUGCAGCGACCAGAGCAUCCCCGCCAGCAUUGCCAACGCCACCACCGACCACCAUAGAAUCUUUACCUGCUGAAGUAUUGGACAACGUCUUCAGUUUCUUCGAGGGCGAGUUCGAAGAGCUAAAAACGUGUAGCCUAGUUUCGCCACUCUGGCGAUCCCUCUGCCAGCCUAGGCUCUUCAGGCGACUGGUGCUCUCACUGCAGGACAUCGAAUAUUCCAUCCAAUUCACAAAGUUCAUGCUCGACUCGCCGCAUAUCAGAGCAGCAGUCCACCAUGUCGAGGUCGACUUUACCGACCCAUGGCACUCGGAUCGUACAGAUCGUCGAGCCACCACCAACCGUGUGGGGGACAUCCUCGAGCUCCUGCCUCGACCUGAAUCUCUCAAACUAUACGGACCACGGCACUCUGACAGGAUCAAGUGGAGCAAACUCCCUGCCCACCUGCGCAACUCGAUAAAGACAGUGCUCAGACGCCAGAGCCUCUCGUCCUUCCUGAUCGACGGCUGGGUUAUGGACGUCACCAUGGCGGAGCUCAACGCCUUGUUCGCAGGCUGCCCGUCUCUCACUCAUCUCUCCCUCCUCGAGGCUUCCGACGGACUGUGGGGCCCUACAGAAGGUCUACCCGACACACCCCGCCUCGUGCUGGAGGAGCUGACGCUCUCCAACACGUUCGCCAAGGACCCCAAGCUGAUUGAAUGGCUCUGCAAGCCGGAGUCUGCCAUCGAUCUGACCAACCUGCAGACCCUGCACGUCAUGGAAUCAAGGGACGACGCCGCUGUCAGCGCCCUCCUGGCCACCGUCGGGUCAUCGCUCCAACGACUCGAGUUGAACAUCAGUUUCUCCGCUGAAAACGAUAUUUCCUUCAAGCAUAACAAGAACCUUCACAGCUUGACUUUCAGCUUUGGCGUCUUCUACACUGAACUUUACAACAGCAGCAUCCCCCUAAUCUGCGAGGUCCUGGAAACACUCCCAUACCCAAACAACCUCGAAGAGCUCACGCUCGUGCUCUAUGUCACCCACCCACGCAACACCAACGUCCGGAUCUUCCCUCCCCCGCCGAUCACGCGGUUCAACUACGAGCGAUGGGCUGCGCUCGGCAGGCUCCUUCCUGGAGUUAGAUUCAGUUCACUCUCUCGGGUCAACAUCGAGCUGAUCCACCAUGGCAUCGACGCUCGUGCGUACAGUACCUUUGCUGCGCAGAAGAUGGGUGAUAUCGGCGCUACUGUCGAGUGGAAGUUCUCGCGCGACGAUGCUCCAGAGGGCCGGGCUGCCUGA